CUGUCCGACAAACCUCCAGAUAAACACAAUGGCUCGCCCAUUGAGCGAAGCAUUGACCUCAAUGCCUGGUCUCUCCGGCGAGACUGCUCCUGACUACGUCAUCCUCUUCCGCCCUGAUCCAUCUUCUCGUCAAAGAACUGCGGCUCAGCUCGAGCGACUAGUCAGAAGAAUAGUUGAUGUCGGUAUGAGAGUGAAAUGCGAGGUUGGGGAUAACAGUGCAGUUCUCGUAAUGGUUCGCUGUCCCACAUCAAAGCUUCAAUCGGAAGCAUACACUUCCAGAGUCAAGGACUGGCUAGCUGGGAUCAGGAUUGCUGCACCCGUCGAGGAGACGAAGGAUUCAAUUUCGGCAGAGCCAAUGACGCCUGCGGAACGGCUGCGCUUAGUGCACGCUAUUCUCACGAUUCCUGCUGCUGAGGGCGGUGUGGGUAUUACACCUAACGUCGGUGAAUGGGAUCUCGUUGCGAGCAUCUUCCCUAUUCAUGAUCCGGUCUUUGGGCAAAGCUGGUUAGCCGCAUGGUCAAAGCGCGGCAUUAUCUCCGACUCAAGCUUGACGAUCCUCAAGGACAACUUCGGAGAAAAGGUCGCAUUCUUGUUUGCAUUUACGCAAGUUUACUUCCUUUUCCUCGGUGUCCCUGCCGUCGUUGGUGUCAUUGCCCACUUCUUCCUACCCCAGUAUUCUAUCAUAUACUCACUGGUCCUCGGUUCGUGGUCGAUCGUGUUCGUGGAGAUGUGGAGGAGAAAGGAGACGAACUUGGCUGUGCGCUGGGGUGUGCACGGGUGUGCUAAGCUGGAGCACCGUCGUGCAGCAUUCAACGGGGAUAAAACCGUCACAGACCCUUAUACGGGUGAAGACGUUCCCGUAUUUCCAGUCGGGAAGAGGAUUCUCCGCCAAUUGCUCAGUGUUCCUAUCGGUUUUGUCGCAGCCAUCACCUUGGCAGCCGCAAUCAUGAGCAUUGUUGCCACCGAGAUUCUCAUCAACGAAGUGUACGACGGGCCGGGCAAGAACGUGCUCAUCUACCUGCCAACUGUCCUGUUUAGCACCGUUGUUCCCUUCCUGUCUAAGUCGUAUCGGUCGGCAUCAAAGAAGGUCACGAUGUUCGAGAACCAUGAGACAGAUUCCUCGUAUGAACAAUCCUUUACCAAUAAGAUCUUCGCCCUGAACAUGCUUACGAGCUACAUGAGCUUGUUCAUUACGGCUUACGUCUACCUCCCAUUCGGUGAUCUCAUCGUCCCGAAACUGGACUUUCUCAACCUCUUCCAGACCUCGACCAAGUUCACGGAGAAAGCGACAGGUGCCGGCCCGACCUUCCAGAUCAACAGCGGCAGGCUUGUCAAUCAGAUGCGUUACAUGUCAAUCACCAACAACCUUGUCAAUUUCGCCCUAGAGCUUGUCGUUCCGUUCAUCACCAAGCUCAUCUUCAACGAAGCUAAGCACCUUCGAAGUAAGUACCGCAGGGCUCCAGCACGGCCGACCCUCGAACGUCGAGGCACGGUGGAAGAAAUGACACUGAACCGUGUCAAAGAAGAGGCUGCAUUAGACGAGUACGAGAUUUACGGGGACUACGCUGAGAUCGUUAUCCAGUUUGGCUUCGUGGUGUUGUUUUCCCCAGUAUGGCCACUUGCCCCAGUCUGUUUCCUCAUCAACAACUGGGUCGAGCUCCGCUCAGAUGCUGCGAAGCUGUGCGUUGGAUACCGGCGUCCCGUCCCUGAACGGGCUGACUCCAUUGGUCCUUGGGUUGAGCACCUGGCAUUCGUUAGCUGGUUGGGCUCCAUCACCACGUCUUCCCUCAUCAGCAUCUUCCGUACUGGCGCUCAUCCGCGGGAUGCAUCUAUCCUCGGUACACUGGGUAUUGUUCUCUUUGCUGAGAAUCUUUGGUUGGGUACGAGAUUUGUGGUUCGUCACAUUCUGAAAGCUGUACCUCCGCAAGGGCAACGCCAGUUGGACGGGGAGAAGUACAAGGUUCGGACGGAGUACCUCAGACAGCUGAUUGGUGAACAAGCUGCUUCUGCCGGUGACAAGAAAUUGGGUGAGGCAGCCGCGCAGGAGGAGGACAUGGGUGCUUUUUGGAGAAUGGAUAGUGGUGUUGAAGGUGUCUUACAACGUGCGAAAGGGUGUAUGGUGAGCGAGAACAAGAAGACAGCAUGAUUCACGUCAAGGUGAAUGCUAGCCUGGGGCUUAUACGAUGAAUAACCUGCGGUUUUCCUCAUUCUAACGAAUAACGAUACGA